CCUUGGCUCCUCCUCCUGCUGCUGCUGCUCCUGCCGCCUCGCGUGGGGGCCCGGGCUUCUCGCGCGAGCCUCUGCCCGCUGGGUGCCUUUAAAUGGCUUUCGCGGGAGCGGCGGGUGCCAGUCCAGCCUCGUCUGUGAUGUAAGACGCGGCUCAAGGCGGCUGCGCCGAGCGCCUCCUGGCUGCUUCCCUUUCGCCCGCCUCUCGCUCUCUCGCUCUCGGCCUGCCCGCGGUGGGCCCUCCCGCUCGGCUGCCCUUCCUUCUCCCCGGGCGGGAUGGAGGGCAAGGAGGAGUGCCGCGUGCUCUCCAUCCAGAGCCACGUCGUGCGCGGCUACGUGGGCAACCGCGCCGCCGCUUUCCCCUUGCAGGUUUUGGGCUUUGAAAUAGAUACUGUGAAUUCUGUCCAGUUUUCAAAUCAUACAGGUUAUGAUCACUGGAAAGGGCAAGUGUUAAAUUCAGAUGAACUUCAUGAAUUGUAUGAGGGACUAAAAUUGAACAAUGUGAACCAUUAUGACUACGUUCUUACAGGUUAUACAAGGGACAAAUCAUUCCUUGCAAUGGUGGUUGACAUCGUUCAAGAACUAAAACAACAAAACUCCAACCUGGUAUAUGUGUGUGACCCUGUGAUGGGUGACAAGUGGAGUGGAGAAGGCUAUAUGUACGUUCCAGAGGAUCUCUUUCCAGUUUAUAAGGAAAAGGUUGUGCCUGUAGCAGAUAUAAUAACACCUAAUCAGUUUGAAGCCGAAUUACUCACUGGCAGGAAGAUACAUUCUGAAAAAGAAGCUAUAGAGGUUAUGGAUAUGCUCCACAAUAUGGGACCAGAAACAGUCGUCAUCACCAGCUCAGACCUGCAGGCACCUUCAGGAGAUGAUUAUCUGAUAGCAUUAGGAAGCCAUCGGAAAAAGACACCAGAUGGCACCACAGUGACGCAGAGGAUCCGAAUGGAGUCUCCUAAAGUAGAUGCUGUCUUUGUUGGAACAGGAGACUUGUUUGCUGCCAUGCUCCUGGCCUGGACUCACAAGCAUCCAGACAACCUAAAGGUGGCAUGUGAAAAGACUGUGUCAGCCAUGCAGCACGUUUUGCAGAGGACCAUCAAGAGUGCAAAAGCCCUAGCUGGAAAAGGAAACAAACCCAAUUCAGCCCAGCUGGAACUGAGGAUGGUCCAAAGCAAAAAGGACAUAGAAAACCCAGAGAUAAUAAUAAGAGCUACUGAGUUAUAAAGGUUGUGUAUCUCCUAACAACGCACAAUGUAUUGAUGUCCUCAUUUUCUUUCCUGUAAGUUGUAAUGUUUGCCUUAGAUCUGUGACAGAAACCUGACUUCCAUGAAAUAGUGCCCAGCAUAGAUGAGAUCCACUACCAAGCACAUGUGCUGGCCUUGCUUGAAUUGAGAAGGAAAAAAAAAUAGGUGUAUAUUGCAGCUCUCUCCCAGGUAUGAAAACGGUUGUCUGAUUAAUUCAGUCUUGUUGUAAACCCUGGACAUGGGAGCACAAGGUUUCCUGCCUUGCCAAAGACUUUCAGAAUGCAUUUGUUAGUGUAAUGCUUGUCUGGAGUAGAUACAUAUAUUGUGGUAAAGCAUCUUGUGCCAACUGAGUAGGUUACCUUUUCUCUCAAUAAAGAGAUCUGGUAGCCUGCUACAAUACUCUGUACCUCAGCCACUCUGGAAUAAAAAGCAGAGGGAGAUACAGAGUCUAUGGUGGGGAUCCAAAGUUAGCUUUUGGGUCCCCUAUAUAGUCCUUGGAAGUAAAACAACAUGUGGUUGAGGGUUGCUCCCAUUUCUGGUCUGAAUAAUUGCAAGAUUCCACCACCCAGAGGUGCUAAUCUUUUAAUAUCAAAAACCAAAAUUAUCCCAUGUUAUUUUUUGUUCAUGUCGAUUACUCCAUAAAGAAAUCAGGAUGAGUAUAAGAUAGAAGUGAUUCUACCUCUGAUAGAAAUGUUUGCCUGAGUUUUAUCAAAGCCUUUUAAAGAUGCAGAUUUCCUUAAUAAGUAUCUUAUUGUGAAAUCUGAAUAGCCAGUUUUGCCUCCUAAUGAGUGCAAGUAAGUGUUGUUUGUUGAGAAUGCCCAUUUCCCUAUUUGUGACAACCGGUCAUUGUGCCCCUGCUCCACGGGAUGGACAAUGACAUGAAAACAAUGCCACUUAUCCAGUAGACUCACCCAAGCACCAUCACUUCUGCCAAAGCACACACCAAGCAUUGCCGUUGCACACCCUCCAUGCCUUUCAAAGACACUUGUGCAGAACUCUUGUGCAAGCCUGAUGGAAUUGAAUUAGAUUGCAGAGUGUUAGUUGGGGGAUCGAGGCAGGAAUGCACCCAGUUUUAUCCAUAAUACAGCAUGGAUCUAGACUUACUAAUGUAAUGGGUCCUAUCUUCAUGACUUUUACCAAGUUAUUAUUAAAACAUCCCUCUCAAAAGUAAGCAGUUGUGUAUACUCUCCAGUGAAACUUAGACAUUGAAUGCAUUGGGAAUCAACACAGAGUUCAAGAUACUCUGGUAUGCAAUAAGCUCUUUAAAUAGCAUUGUUUCCUUGUAAUUGAUUUCUGAACCGUAGAAACAGGUGUAUUUAAAAAUGUAAUUCUCUUAUUCUUCCUCAUUCUACACCUUCCAUUUUGGUUUUAUGUCCAGAGACAGUAUGGAUAGAUUUAUAUUAGCACUUUUUCUCCUCCAGAUAAAACAGGGUAUCAAAGCAAUCCAUGAUCCUUAAAUGUUUCUGAAACACUUGUACUACUGUUAUUUCUUUCUUUCUUUCUUUCUUUCUUUCUUUCUUUCUUUCUUUCUUUCUUUCUUUCUUUCUUUCUUUCUUUCUUUCCUUCCUUCCUUCCUUCUUUCUUUCUUUCUUUCUUUCUUUCUUUCUUUCUUUCUUGAAAAAUAACCAGGGUACUUUUAUCGCUAUUAUUAGAACAGUCCAUUUCUUGGGACAUUUUCAGGAAAUGGGAUUCUGCAGAUGUGUUCCCAUUCAAACUGGUGGCUCUUGAAGCAGCAUUCACAAUGUGUCUUUCUCUCUUAGAAUAUCAAGAGCUCCAGCCUGUGUUUAUAUAGAACAUCAAUUUCUCUGUCCUUCAUGACUGGAGGUGUAAGUUUGACUGCAGACUUUUCCCAGUGUUGUCAUCAGCAUCAAAUACAUUUCCUAUUCCUGCCCUUUAUCUUACAAUAAGUUUGAAAGUUUUCCUCAAGAAAAUCCCAUCCCACUAGUAUUGGUGAACAUUGGGAGCCAUGACAAAAGCAUGAGGAGGUGUUUAUAGCUUUCAAAGAAAAGAAAAAAGAAAGCUUUCCUUACAGUGCAUGCACCUGAUAGACUUUUAUGGAGUUUGCCCCUUCCCUUUAAAAACAAAUGGAAAUAUGAAUGUGUUGUCGAAGGCUUUCAUGGCCUGAAUCACUGGGUUGCUGUGAGUUUUCUGGGCUGUAUGGCCAUGUUCCAGAAGCAUUCUCUUCUGAUGUUUUGCCCACAUCAAUGGCAGGCAUUCACACUUGCCUCGGACAGACAAUAAUAAUAAGGGACUCAGGACGACUUACAAAGGCACUCCAGGGUGGACAUAUAACAUACAGCAGGUUAAAAAAUGUUACAUAAGUAUAAAACAUGUCACAUAAAAUUAUAACAGCAACCCCUGUCAACACAUAUAACAUAAAAUAAAAAUAAUACAAUUUAAAAAACACCACUAGAUAAAACUAGCUGUUAUCAAUUCACAAAGUGCCAAGUGUCAACUUCAUAUGGGCUCAUUCAGCCUACUCUAGGUCAAAAGCCUGUUUGAACAUCCAUGUUUUCAGGCUGGAACGGAAAGAUUGAAGGGUGGGGGCUAAUCUAAACAAGUGUUCUUUCUCCCACCCUGGACCUUCCACAGAUAUAUAAACCCUACGUGACUAGUUUCCAACAUACCUCACAACCUUUGAGGAUACCUUGCCAUAGAUGUGAGCAAAAUGUCAGGAGAAAAUGCUUCUGGAACAUGGUCAUACAGCCCAGAAAACUCACAGCAACCCGGAAAUAUGAAUGAAAACCUCCUUGUUCUGUGUAUUUUUAGGAACAAGCAUCCGCUAAUAAUUUCAGCCAGUCUUUCUGUGGAAAUCCAUAUAUUCCAAAGUGAAACUGCUUGAGAUAUAUUUGAAAUAAGGGCAUCCUCUUCCUAUGAUGUUUCAUUCCUGGCCCUCUCUGCCUCUUGGAAAAAGCUGCUCCCACUUAAUCUCGUACAAAACAGUAGCAUAAGCAGUUUUAUAUGGUAGCAUUCAUUCUGCUAGUUAUGGAUUUUGACUUCAGAGACUGUAUAGAUUUAGGAUGAGAGGGCUCGUUCAUCCUUAGUGUGAAAAACUAAGCAAAACAUUCACUGUCUCCCUUUGAUAUUUUUGUGUGGCAUCCAAAUAGGAACAAAUCCUGCCUAGAAAGCCCUGUGAUAGGGUUGCCUUAUGGUCCCCAUAAGUCGAAAGUGACUUGAAGGAACACAAUAACAACACAUCCAAACUUGUUCCCAUAGAUAGUAACACCAGGUUUUUAAAAAAUUAAAAAAAAUUUAAAAGCCUUAUAUCUAAGUGGUCUUCCCUUCCCCCACCCCAACCUUUUCACAGUAUUUACACUCAAUUUCAGGACUAAUUUUCCUCUAUAUUGUCCAUUUAACACUUCUGAGGCAAAUUUCAGGUGGUCAUUUAGCAAAUCUGAUGGAAAGACAUUUUCUUAAAACACACACACAUACACAGUUUGUCAGCCUUGAUGCCUUCUGCAGGUUUCUCAAGCUUCUUUCUAUAUUCAUAUGGAGAAUUCCCUACUAAUGCUGCUAGCAAUAGUCUUCACUGAUGGAAAACGAGGAUGGUAUGACUGUUUCUCUGUUGCAUGAGAUUCCUGCCAUUUUCAUGCCGACAAACCAAAAGUCUCUUAUGUCGCAACAGUAGCACUGUUAUAAAAUAGUAAUGAUGUUCUCAUAUACCAGUAUAUAUGGUUGCUUUAUAUUAAUAUCUAUAUUCAAAAAUUUCAAAUUAGAGGAAUAUAGACCCUAAUAUAUUUUUAUCACUGUCUCGGGUUAAAGUUUUGUUUGGCUUAUCAACAUUCCAAACUGAUUUAUCUGAAAGUUCAAGGAAACUUAGACAUAAAGAGUCAUGACCAUUCCUUCCCUUCUUUCUGCUUAUUGGCUGCCUUAGGAGAUACCUGCUCUCAGUUGAAACUUCCCAGGCCAUGGGUAAAUUCAGCACCUAUAGAAAUGCUGUUUUCCUCUCCCUAUGUUACAUUUGGCUUCACAUGGAUCCUAUAGAAAUGAAUGCAUGGAAUUUGUUUUCUUUAGAUAAUUAUGAAUAAAUAGUGUUGUCAAAGGCUUUCAUGGCCGGGAUCACAGGGUUGUUGUAUGUCUUUCGGGCUGUGUGGCCAUGUUCCAGAAGUAUUCUCUCCUGACGUUUCGCCCACAUCUGAGGAUGCCUGCCAUAGAUGUGGGCGAAACGUCAGGAGAGAAUACUUCUGGAACAUGGCCACACAGCCCGAAAGACAUAUAACAACCCUAUGAAUAAAUCCUUUCACUAGAAAAACACAAUUUUAUUAGCAUAGAAUUUGCGGUGCAAAAUCUUCCCAAAUGCUUUCCUCUGUUAGAAUAGUCGUCCAUCAAGAUGACUGCAGCCAUAGUCUGGAAAGUAAGCGAGUCUAGAGAGAAGGAAAGCAUCUCUUUAUCUGAAUUCAAUCUCAGACCUCAUGUGUGGCCCAAGACAAACAACUUGCAUCUCCAAAAAAGACCCUCAAUAAAAUAUUCCUUUCUUUAAAACAGUAAACAUUUUUGAGAGUAAUAUAAUUGACCUUACAAUCUUGAUCCUGUUCUAAUCAAUUCAUCACUUUGGUGGCCCAGCUGGGUACAGAAGAAAUUAAUAAACCUACUUAAUAAAUAAAUAUAAAUUUAACCACUCUCUGAUUCAGAGCAUGGCCUAUGAUAUUGAAUCUUAGGCUCCUUCCACGCAGGUGAAUAAAAUCCCACAUUUUCUGCUUUGAACUGGAAUAUGUGGCAUUGUGGACUCAGAUAACCCAGUUCAAAGCAGUGGGAUUUUCUGCCUUGAUAUUCUGGGUUAUAUGGCUGUGUGGAAGGACCCCUAGAUUGCUGUCAUGUUUUUAAUUCCUGUGGUUUUUAAGAUAUUUCUUUUUAAUAAGGCUAUCUUUAGCAAAAGUUCACUUUCUUGAUUCUUCUCUCCCCCAAAACUCUGUUUUUGUAGCAACAAAAACCUAGCAUCAUUGUGUCCAAUUAAUUGUCCAAUAUCUGAACAAAGCUUCCACUGAUUCUGAGAAUUAGACAUUUAUGGAGUGGCCAGUAGAGAUUCUCCAUCCCCUCUUCAUGUUUUAGCACAUUCAUUUAGAGCAGUGAUUCCAAACUUUUGGGCCUCCAGGUGUUUUGGACUUUAACUCCCAGCUGUUAGAAACUGUGGGAGCUGAAGUUCAAAACACCUGGAGGCCCAAAGGUUGGGAACCACUGAUUUAGAGGAAUGAGCAUCUCAGCAGGGUUAUGUCUCAUUUACACAUCUGUUUAUUGGCAGAACUUAUUCUCAGCUCGGAACAGAGCUGCAGGGUCAGUCUAUCGGGGAAAAAGUAGUUCAUGCUUUCAACCACUUCUUGAUGUCUGAACACUUUCCACAGUUCUGAGGUCCUAUCUUCUGUGUAUCAGUAUCUCUCGAUUAACUUAGAAUAAGGCAUGGAGGCAGGAGAAAAGAAAAAUGAGCAGUGUUCAAUCUGAUCCUUCUGGCCAUUUCCUCCCAAGAGCAGUGAGCUGGAUCAUAAGGCUAACCAUGGCCAUAGGCUGUUGUGCAAUUCUUACUCUUCACUAUUACCCUCUUAAGCUAUUUUUAAAAAGGUAUGGGAUAUUUUUUCCUCCCAACCCCAGUGCAUAGACCAGACUUGGCUAAUACAGGUAGAACCAGAUGGGAAACAAAGCCAGAUGUACUGAAACAAAUCCGUACAUAUCCUUAAUGGUGGCAGAGGCAUAAACAUCUUGGCAGACAGCACAAGGUGAAAUAGAUUGUGCGGCAGUUUCUACAAUUGUCUUAAGAAAAUGGAAAGUUGCUGUUAUCAUCUGUUCUGGUUCAUUUGUGUUUAUCUUCACUUUUUGUAAGGAUCUUUUCAAUGUACCUGUGCUGCUGUUUGUUGGUUUUUGAAAUAUUAUUGCUGUGUUUCCGUUCUCGUGGAACAUAAGGGGCUAACUACAUGUUAUAUAACGGAGCUCUGAAGUCAUUAGUUUUAAAGAGAAACAUCUUUGGUUAGAAAUCAUUUUGAGCACAGAAAUGAUGGGUAGGGAAAAGGUGAAGCGCCUUCCCUGCUGCUUCAAAAUCACCAAAGCUGUUUGUCUUUGAAAAUGUACAGUGUGUACGCAUAACCAUUAGUUAGCCUCUCAACAGGACCAAAACUCAUGUAAAAUGAAGUAUCUUCUGAGCUUAAAUCCAGCUUUUAUGUACCCAUAAAUCUGACAUCCUUGCACAUAAAGGACAUUUAGGAAAGUAAAUAGAAAUUGUAUUUUGUGAAAUCUUAUUCACUCUUGCUUUUAACAUGCUUUUAAGAAGCAUCUAUAUUACAGAUGGUUAAGUUUUAGAUGUUUAUUUGCCAAAUUGCAUUCAAAAUGCAAGAUAUCUGUAAUCAGCGCAAUACUUUAAAAAAAAAAAAAGAAUUUAGAGGACCAAGAUUUCUAGCUAAAGAUACUGCCUUGUUAAAAGAGUAAAUCUAAUACGUAUCUUGAUUGGAUGGUGUUGAUUCAUUGUCUGGUACUGUUGCAGUGAUUGUACUUGUCUCUUAAUUCACAAUAUGUGGCAAGAAAGAUUGUAAUAAAAAUUACCUAUGUUUAAUAACACUGUGCAUAACUAUUGCUAGAUUUUGUUUUGUUAAGCCUCUUCAGAAUUAAACAAAACAAGAACGUUUUGAUAGUGUCGUUGAAUGAAAUAGCCAUUUAUUAAGGCUUUAUUUAUCAUUGCUUGAUAUGUAUCCUCCUUGGUUGAAAGGCAAAGCCCGUGAAUGAAGUAUCUAAGUGAACAAAGGAAAGAAGACUCACAGGAAACACUCAAUGAGAGCUGGAGUUUGGAAAAAGUUUGUUAGGACUUUUUUUUACUGCAAUUUCCAAAUUUUCUCCAAAAAGAAUUCACAGAAUCUUGUUUUCCCAUGCUUUGGUAAGAGCAAAUGACCAUGGUACCCUACAAUGAGUUGUUUCACUCCAACGUUACUGGGUCAUCCAUAUCUUAAAGGUAACUUGAUACAGAAAAUUAUAGCAAAUAUCACAUGUAGGUAACAUACCAAUAUGUCCAUUUACAAAGAAAUUCUGAAAUGUUUUACAGGGAAGUUGGAGGUUAACUUUAACUAUUGGAUUGAUUAGGGAACAGCUUUGAAUUCCUCUUCUGCUUGUGAGACUUACCCUUUGAACCACAUAGUUCUUCACAUGACAGACUGCUUCUGAAUGCUCCUUGAGGAAAGAUUUGCUUCUUUAUUCUGAAAGAAUCACAUCGCUGACUUAGGUGCCCUGUUGCCUGUGAAUGGAUGAUACUGUUGAUUGAUUGACUGGUUGUCUGGAAAAGGGGCUGCAUACAGUCAGCCCUCCACAUUUGCUGGAAUUAAGGGGACAAGGAUCCCCAUGGAAUUCAAACAUCACGAAUAAAGACAUUGCUAUUUCUUAACCUUGGAGAACACCUCAGGUACUAGAAGUUCUUCCAUUAUGACUCUAUAGCAGGCAUGGGCAAACUUCAGCCCUCCAGAUGUUUUGGACUUCAGCUCCCACAAUGCCUAAAAGCUGGUAGGCUGUUAGGAAUGGUGGGAGUUGAAGUCCAAAACACCUGGAAGGCCAAGUUUGCCCAUGUCUGCUCUGUAGCCAACCUCUGCUGGAAACUGACCAUAGAAUCAAAUUGGCAGCCUUAGAGAUUUCUAAAGAGUUGUUUUCUCUGGAAAGCUUUAGAUCAGGGAUCCUCCAACUGCAGCCCUCCAUGGAGGACUCAGAGAGUCCUACAGAUAACCUUUUAAAAUCAAAUUUGUGAGUUACACUAUGUAACACGAUUUUUGUUCCUGGGUUUUAAGUGUCAUUUUCUAAUUGUUUCUGUCAUAAAACAUGGAAAAGGUUUAUUAUUUUCUGGGCUGUAUGGCCAUGUUCCAGAAGCAUUCCCCCCUGGUGUUUCACCCACAUCUGUGACAGGCAUCCUCAAAGGUUGUGAGGUCUGUUGGAAACUAGACUAGUGGGGUUUACAUAUCUGUGGAAUGUGCAGGGUUGGAACACCUCCCGACAAAGGAUUCCUCCCAGGCAGGAAGCAUCCAGGCUUUGAAGCUGCAAGGCUAUUCAAUACUAAUCAAACUGGCCAAUUGCAAUGUUCACAACUUGCCUCAGGCAGACAAGAGUUCUUUCUCCCACCCUGGACAUUCCAACCCUACUUGCCUAGUUUCUAACAGACCUCACAACCUCUGAGGAUGCCUGCCAUAGAUGUUGGUGAAAGGUCAGGAGAUAAUGCUUCUGGAACAUGGCCAUACAGCCCAUAAACUUUGCAGCAACACUGUAAAAACUUUGUUUUUUGCAGGACAUCCUGCAGCACAUUUUGCUAUACUUUUUCAAUGAAUAUCUCAUAGAGUCUCAACCAAUUCAACAUAAUUUGUGGCAGCAUCAAAAACAAUUUUCUGGAGUAUAACAAUUAAACAUGAAAUAACACUUUUAAAUGAGGAACAAACUUUUUUCAAAUGUUGUUACAUAGUGUGAUCACAUCUGCCAAAUUCAAAACCAUAAAUGUGGAGGUAUGACUGUAAUUCCAGCUGUGUUAGACUACGAAGUUCCCCAUAAAGGGUUCUACAUAUGCAAUUGCAUUUGUGCCUUGGUAACUUCUCAAGACCGAUACAAAUGUCUGGUCCCGUGAUUAGAGGAUAACAGGGGUCUUGAAGAUGAUGCUUGUGGAGAAUUUUUUUUGGGGGGGGGCAGAGAAGGAAUGAAUUGCUUCCUUAUUUCCACUGAUAUCAAGAUUUAUUAGCUUUUCAGGGUCAUUCCACUCCCUCUGUGCAGUUUUUCCAUCCUGUGCCACCCAAAGCCAACCGAUUUGCAUACAUCUGUUAUCUAAUGGUCCUUCUUACUGGCCUCGGGCAUGUGCUUUCUGAAUAAAGAUGUAUUUCUGAACUGCGGACUUUCAUUAAAAGCCAUAGAUUAGAUGCAAAAGUUGGUCUUUGCAGCAAAUAAAAUAAAGGAAGCACACUGAAGAAACUGCUUAUCAUAAAAAGAUUGCCAUAUGUUAAUAAGUGAGAAGUAUAUGUAUUAUUAACAUGUUGCCUUUUCAUUGCAUUACUACUUAGAAUAAUAAUAAUAAUUGUGUCUAGAAGAAUGUGGCAUGUGUACUCUGUAUUUGUAUGUUUUGAAGUUCUUGGUAUGCUGGGGUAAAAAUAAACUUUGCAGGCUGGCAGUGCAGGCCUUCUGAAAGGGAAAUAAAAGUAUAUAUUUUUUUAGACAGUUCUAUGAUUUUAGGCCUCAGCUGCACGACAGCUGCCUCUUCCAGAAAUGUAAAGCUGUGAGAGGGUAGCUGUAGAAAUAAGAAAGAGAACUACCCUCCCCAACCACCCCCGGUUGAUUUAAUUAAUGAAUAAAGAUGCCUUUGAAAUAUAUUUUUAGCUAUAAAAUAUUAAAUGGAGAAAUAUUUACAAGUAAACUUUCUAUGUAUUUAACAUUUGUGCAGUGCUUUGUAUUUAAGAGACACUCUGUUAUAUGUUUAUACCUCUUAUUAAUUGUUCUUCAGUUGUAGGGACAAAAAAAAUAGAGAAAUUGUUUUUACGACAGAGAAAAAAAAAUUGUGUGAUGUGUAAUUGUGCAUAAUGUCAGUGGCUAUUGUCCCAAUGAAAUUGUUGUUUGUAUACUUUCUGGUUUGGCACAUGUGACUUUUAUCCAUUUUGUAGUAAAGUUUACAUGCUAAAAUAUGUAGGAAGAUUAUAAUAAAGUCAAUGAACUACCUGA